AUGUCGAGAUUCAGAUUCCGACGGAACUCGUCCGACGAUGAAGGCCCUUCGAGGAGACUGGCUCACAGUGCGGUGGCGGCGGCCGGUAAGUGGUGUUUUAUAGUGUUUGAGGGAGGAUUUAAUACUGAAGGUCCUGUUAGUGGAGUGUUAAGAGUCUUUGGAAGGUUUUGAGUUGUCUAAACAGUAGGUGUGGCAGUUCUAAAGUAUGUUACAGAGGUUUCAAAUUGAAGUUUAAUGCAAAAAUAAGUUUAUUCUGGAGUAAUCAUAUAAUUUUGAUGAUAAACAGUAAUUACUUUAAGGAAAAUUGCAAAAGUAAUAACACAUAAGUAUUUCGAUGUUUGUAAAAUACGAAGUUCUUAUUUCUAUCUAAAUUAAUCUAGUAAUAACUUAAAAUUUCAUCAAGAUGAUCGUGAAUAACACUGAGCGCAUACAUGUUUAAAUUUCAAAAAGUGAAAAAAGGCUGUUAGCAUCUCGUAAACUUGCUAAAAGUCGAAAAAUAAGGAAAAAGUACUUUUUUACAACAGUUUCAGCUAAAUUGCAAUUGAAUCUGAUAAGACUUUUCAAAGGUUCGAGCUCGGUUUUACCCGGAAGAGCUUUUGAAUGUCAUUGAAAAUUAAUAUUAUUGAAUUUCACUUUUUGAGAAUGGUACGAACCCCACAAAAUGUUGUUGAAGAAGCUUGUCCUUCAAGAUUUACGCAGGUAAUGGUAAAAAAAUCAAGUGUAAGAGAGGGGUAAAACAAACGAUAGAUUAGGUUGUUCAAAUGAUUCUUUGCUAUCAGAUUGUUUAAAUAAUUCUGUACUUCCUCUCAAAGCAUUUUUUGGGGUAAGGGGGCACAGAAUUAUUUGAACAACCUAAUAAAAAGUUUAAAAGAUGACGUGUUAAACGUUCAGUUCAUGAUGUUGGUAUAAUAGGUACUCAGAAGAAGAAAAUAAAUAUAGCAUGAAAUAGCAUGAGCUAGAGAUUAGAGAUCUUGAGUUAAAUUCGAAGCGCAAAGAAUAUUGAACUUUUUGAAAUGUUCGUACAAAGAUCAAAAAGUAUUUUAAAAUCUAAAGAACGUUCAGAUUAUAUUACAUUUGGCCAAACUUAAUGUUCUUAUAUAUAAAUAGAUGCUUUGGUGAGGUCAAGGGCUUCAUGGGAUCAAAGUUUUUUAAAUUUAGUUUGCCAACAUUCAAGAAAUUCUGUUUUUUUUUGUUGUAAAAUACGUUUAUAAUACGUUGCGGGUUUAAAAUUAAUUUAAUAAUUUAAAAAUAUGACUUUUGUAAAAUACGAACCUGUUUUCUAAGUCUACCAUAAAAAAUGCGCAAUUUUAAACCUAUAUAUAAUAGCAUAAAUUUUACUUAAUAUCGUUUCUAAAGAAUAAAAAAUGAGUCAAUUUAAACCUGAACUUAAAAAACAGAUGUCUAAGUGGACAUUUCAAAAACGAUUGAAAAAUGAGUAAGCUCUGGUCAAGUGUAACAUAAUACUUGAGAACUCAAAAAAGCCGAGAAAUACCACGGUGUUCCAUUAGAUCAAUGGUCAGCGGUUCACAUUCCGGAACGUUGAGAGCAAAUAAACCAUCUGAGACCUCAUGGCUCAGGAUGUUAAACUGUGGGGAUUUUAAGCUUGGGGUUUUGCGAGGAUAGCUCUCACUUAAUUUUAAAGGAUUUUAAGGUUUAAUUAGAAGGUUUUCUUUAAGUUUGCGUUAAAUUUGAAAUUUUCUUUAAAUUUGAGGUUUUAGACUAUGUGAUGACUUUAGUUUUGGACUAUAAAACCAAGCCCAGAAGAAGGAAAUGAAUUGUUAAACUUGUUUUUUUUUGAAACUAUAAAUAAGCCUAUAGGAACGCUUAUUUGUUCUGUUUAAGCCUAUAAGAACACCUACAGUUUCUGCUGUUAAACUUCAAAAAUAGUGAACAGCUUUGAACUGCACAUGAAAUAAAGUCAGAACACUAAAUUUUUAUGAUUAAUUUGGCUCAGCGGCUCUUGGUUUAUUAAUUAGAGACGUGAAUAACACUGUUAGUUCAAAUAGAAAAGUCUUGAGAACGGUGAUCAAGAGUUUGUUGCUUGUUUCUAGUGGUUUUUAAAACAUAGCCAAUUUGAAAAUGGUUUUGUUAUAAUAUAGAGGCUUAUUUUACGUAAAAAACAAGGUUUUGAGGGUUACAUAUAGGUCUGGCUUGUUUUUUACUUUGCUCAAGUCAGGCUUGAGUUUCCAAGGCCCAGUUGGAGGGACGGGCCUAAUUGUGAGGCUCGGUUUGUUUUUCAUUUUGUUCAAGCCAGGCUGGAGUUUCUAAAUCCUAGCCAGAGGGCCGGAUCCAUUUCUUAGGCUCGGCCAGUUUUUCAGUUUUCUCAAACCAGGCUCGGCCCGGUGCUUUUGUAUAGGGUUACUUCUGGGCAGGAUAGUUGAAGACUUUUGAAAGUAAAGUAGGCGCGGCAAAAAUCAAAAAGUUUUGUUAAAAAUCUAAGCGUCAGACUACUAUAAACCUUGUUAGCAAAAAUUUAAUGUCAUAGACGACCUUACUUAACCUUAUACUAUUUCGUUUAUUAAGCGUACUAUAAAUACUAUAAAUUUGACCUCGUGCACCAAUCACGGUAUUUGGCGGGAAACCAUUUCACUUGAAGUCAUCUUCGAUGUUAAAAGUUUGCUAAUGGGCGUGACAUUGACCUGUGUCUGCUGUUUUUUCUACUAAAAUUAUCAGUUUUUAUCUGAUUUUGUGGGUCAUCUCAAGAACAACACGGCUUUUCGAGAGGAAAUUGCUAAUAAGACUGUUUUUUAAAGUUGCUAAACAAGAAUUAUUACCGUGAUUUAUUGGAAAAGUGAUUAAUAUUGUGCUUGCAAUGUUAGAAAUGCUACUUUUUAACUGAAAAAUUGUAAAACUAAUGAUAUUUUACUAAAAAACAUUGGUUUUUGGCUAUAAAAUUUGAAUUAUUGGUACUUUACUGCGAUAUAUUUCACGAAAACAUCAGUUUUCACAUAGAUAUACCUCUCUAUAUUACCUAAACUUAUUAUCUAAUAAAAAUGGUAUUCUCAUCGUUUCCUAUUUUCUUCACUCCCACUGUCUCACUACAACAAAAACUGUUGAUAAGCAACGCUUUAUACACGUUUAACCCAGAUUGGUACUCGCCGGAUGCGGCCAAACGCAUCUAUCGUGCCUUCAAUCGGAACCCGGACGGUUUGCGGUCGGAAGAUCGUCUGAAGAAGCUGAUCAACGAGUUUGGAGACGACAAAAUGUCACAGACCGAGAUUCUGGAGCGGCUUCUGGCCAACGCCGACUUGGAGGAGGAGCUGAAUGGGGGCGAAAGUGACGGACGGGAGGUAAGAUGAAGAGGAAAUUAUGGGGGAAUGUUAUGGAAAUGUGUAAUAUAUUGCUUUACUGGUGUUAGAAUAGACGUUUCGUAUUAUUGAAUAGGUCAGGGCUGCUUUUUGUAGGAAGGGCUUGGCGGAGGGGAUAGUAUUUCCCAAAAUUUUUUGAACGUUGUUUACCAGGAUUUUUUUUGUAAAAUACGCACGGGUUUUGUCUAAUUUUCUUAAAAGCUACAGUCAAACCUAUUUAGUAUGACACUCAAGAGACUGAUCUAAACCUGUUUCUUAUAACCGGGAUAUCACACUAUCCAGGUAAUUUUUGAUAGAUUUCACUGUAUUUUCUUUGAUUUUUUGGUUUUUCAGGGAAUGAAAAAGUGGGUUUUUCAAUAUUUUAAAAAAGCAAAAUUUGUCACUUUGAUGGGACGAAGUUAAAGAAAAGAUAAAUUGCAAUCCUUAUCAGUUUCCUUAAAAUAAAUCAAAAAUAUGCAAUAACAAGCGAACCAAAGUAGCAAAAGUAUAAAUUACAAUUUUUGAUGCUUUUUACUAAUUAUUAUGAAAAAGUUUAGAACAAAAAUCAACUUUUUUAUUCACUCUAGUUUUUUCAAAACGAGUUUUUUCUAAAAUUAUAUUAACAAGAUAAGUACCCAACGGACAAGCUACGCUUAGAACUUGAAACAUUUCGGUUUUUUUAAAGAUUUUCUACUAGUAUAUCAAAGAAAAAUGGUUAUAAGUCAAAAACGACAAAGUUAUAAGCUUGAAGCACAAUGCCAAUUUGGCGGGAAAUUCAAAACGUAAUUUUUUAUCUCGAUUUUCUCGAGAUUUAAUGUAGAACGCAAUUUGCUACUUUGCUGAAAGUCUUAUAUUUAUAGGAUCUUUCUAUAUAAAAAGUUUGAAGACAAUCAGAGCGCGGCAGGCCGGGCACUUUCUUUAUAAACCUUAAAAUUUUAAAAAUUCUCCACUUUAUUAUAAAACCUAGGCCACUUUAUCAUAAACCUUGAAACCUAGAUCAAAUUCAGACAUAAAACACUAAUUUAGGUCUUUAUAGGACGCGGAUGAAAACGAAUUCAUUGAAAAUGUGAUGCCAAGAGUGAUUGAAGAGCGGAUAAAACAAAACAAAAAAGUGAAUUCGUUGGACAGCUUGGUGGAGUACUUGUUGGACAAGUUGCACGAGCAAUGGAGAACAUUGAUCUACGCUGUUUUUCCUUUACAUCAACUUCAGACUUUGGUACUCAUCUGUUUGGUGCAGUUUAUAAGGUCAGGCUAUUUAAGGGGGUAUAAGGGUUUAUAAAGUUGGUAAUGGGGUCUUAUAAUGAUGUAGGUUGCUUGUUUAUAAUAAUUCUGACUUCCUAACCUUGAAAAUUGGUUUUGAGAUGGGGCACAGAAUUAUUUGAACAAUAUAAUAUGAUAAAAUAAUGUCGAAAGUAAUGCUUUUAGUACUAAAAUAAUUUAAAAUUUUUUUGUCAAACUUCAGUGUGGGCACUAUCGUAAACACUUUGCCAAUCAUCGCAGCCUACAUCUCUUUCUUCUUCAUGUUCUACUUCACCUUGAAGAUGUUCCACGAUAAGACCAUUGUCAAAGAAAAGCUAGUCUGGAGUCGAGUAUUCAGAUUAUUCGAGAAGAAAGAGUCAACUGACACUACCUCCAGCUACUUUCAACUGGUCAAUUGGGAUCCGUACAUCUACUUCUUCAUCUCUUUGUUCUUCUUCCUCUUCUCGGUUGGAGCGGCGGAGAAGGUGUUACCUAAUUCUAUUUUGUUUUGUGGGAUCUCACUGUUCUUGGGAGCACUAUGUUUUGUCGCAUUGGCUGAUGACAGUGAUAAGUAUGCGUUGUUGGCGAUUUUGGCUAACUUUAUGUCUUGGUAAGUUUGUUUUAGUUGCUAUGGUAAAAGUGUUAUAUUAUUUUUGAUUUUAGAUGAAAAGUCUUAUGUUAACAAUUUUUAAUACUUUCAGUGUACCGAUAAUACUGUCUAAAAUGAGGAUACCAAUUGGUUAUUGGCGCUUGUGGAAGCCUUUGUUUGAAAUCAAGUUUGGUAAGGACUUUUAAAUUUUUAAAUAACCUCAAUUUAAAUAUAUAUAUACGUAACUUCAAUCUUUAAAUCUUUUUUAACUUUAGGCAUGGUCAGAAUGUCCUUUUCUCUUCCAGCCAUUUCGCUUUUGGCCGUUCCAAUCAUCUACUUGAUCAUGGCCAGAAGACGUAAUCAAACAGCCGACUUCUUUAGAAUUGUCAUACCACAAAUCGUAUGUAUUGCGUGGAUGGACAUAGCCAUGACGAUGUGGUUGAUCGGUUACAGACACUUUAAUCUUCCUGGAUUGGUACUAACUGGUGCUUUAGUAUCCUUACUGGUCUUUCCAUCGUUUGUUGGUAUCGCAUUGGCUUUAGGUAUUGGUAUUAGUCAACUAAAGUCGGCUAUUGAACUGGUGAGUGGAUUACGCUAUUUUUGGGGUUGUUUUGGGUAUGAUAGUAGAGGGUGGGUAUUUUGGGUAUAACGGAAAAGGGUAGGGGGUUUUGGGUAAGAGGGGGUGGAGAAAUAGAAAGUUUUAACGUUUUUUGGAAUGGAAGCGUUGGUGAGCUCAAAAAAGGCUUUUAAAUUUAAAUUUUGAAGCCAUUUAAACCUAAAACAACAUCAGAUGACAAAAAAUAAUAUUUUAAAGCUAUUUAAUACCUAAAACAGCAUCAGCCGACAAAGAACGCAUAAACAAGUUCAAGAACCUAGUCACUGGCGCGAUUACUGAUAAGCCUCGAGCAAAGUAACACGUUUUCUCUUUUCAGAUCACAGCCAUCAAACUCUCGAUUACCAUUGCCGUGUUAUUGUUGCCCUUCUUCUUUCGUAAAAUCUACCAAAAAUUGUCGAAAAAGUUCAAUUUUAAAAGUAAGUGAAGACAAACUUGACAAGCUCACUUUUUUUGGUAAAAUAUGUUAUUAUCACUAUCAGGAACUCACAAAAAUUUAAAUUUGAAGUUUAAAACUUUUUUUUUUUAAAAAUUUUUUAUUGUUUUCAAUAGGAAAACAUUGGUCAUUGUUAGCCGUAUACCUGGUAGCCCUAAUCAUGGCUAUAUCAUUCAUGUACGAUGGCACAAAUGCUUUUGAUUCUAAUCAAGAAGCCACGAACAUGUCGUGGGCGCAGUUUGAAAAGUUUUGUGGAUUCAAUGGGGCCAACAUCAUCAAAAGUCAAGAACAAUGUAGCCAGCUGAAAGGAACUGCCGUCAAUUGGAAAGGGCAAAUCCAGUCGGUUCGAAUUGUGUCAAUCGAUAAUUCUUUUGAGACUUUGUUGGACUUCUUGCCUGAUUCUAUUGGACAGACGUUGAGAUGCUUUUAUGAUACGGAUUCGGCUGAUACUGAGAGUCUGCCUCAGGUAAAUAAGCGGUUUUGAUGGGUUAAGAGGGGUUUUGGAACGUGAUGAAGGUUUUUUGCGAUUUUGGGUUUGUAAAGAAAUUUUUUGUCAUUUUGAGUUUCGGAAUGAAAGUUUUUGCUGUUUUAUGUUUUGUAAAGAAAGUUUGCGACAUUUAUUUUGUAAAGGAAGUUCUUGCUAUACUUUGUCUUGUAAAGAAAGUUUUUGCGACUUUUCAUUUUUUAAAGAAGGUACUUGACUAUCUCCCUUUGUAAACAAAAUUUCGUCAUAUAUUAUGUAUAAAAAUUUGCAGGGCAUGAAGCCGAACGAAUGUUCUCUAACCAUCCACAACCUGUACACAUUCGAAAUCGAAGUAACAGGACCGUAUGGGGAACGACUAAUCAGUAGUAACAAAGGACAAGUACUACUACAAGCUUCUAAUCUGUUCAAAGAUAUUCUACAGUUGAUAGAAGAAGGAGAUGUGGUACGGUUCGUGGGGUACUUUGAUCAAUACCCAAUCUUCAGUUACCCUCCGCGGCUGAAGCUGAUGCAACUUGAAUGUGAAACUUGCAAAAAGGUGAGUGGGCAGAAAGUGUUGGACUUUUUUAGGGAAAAUGAAGUCAGGUGUUGGUGUUGCAGUCUGCGGUUGACAAGUUAUACGAUGAAUAAAGUUUUAGUUUUAGAGAGAAAUUGUUUUUGCUCUGUUUUAAUUUGUUUUGGAAUGAAAGUUCUUCAUAUUUGAAGCAUAAUUUGUUUUUUUAGUAAUUUGUAAAGAAAGUUCUAUCCUUUUUACGAUAAUUUAAGAAAAACCUCAUUUUAGUUGAUCAACAACAAGAAGAAUAAGGCCCUGAAAGUGACCAGUGUGAAGAAAGAAAACAAAAGAAUCUGGAACAGAAUUAACUACGCCUUCAGGUUCAUGUUCAACUUUAUCUUCUCUCCGGUGUUGUACAUGAGCUAG